GCCGCCGAGACGUCGACCGCCAUCACUGGCUUUUCUCGCGCCGAGCGCUGCGACAAGUCGUCGCAGUGCCCCGAGAGCGCGCCAUGCUGCUCCGAGGAGGGCUUCUGCGGCACCGGGCGCAACUGCCUCGCCGGGUGCGACCCGCUCGCGAGCUUCCAGCCUCAAGCCUGUGCGCCUGUUCCAGCAUGCAUCGACGCCGAGUACCAGCUCAAGGAGGUCAACCGCGUUGUCGCCAACUCGUCGACCUGGAACGGCGACCCGAUCGCGUACGACUGGCUCGUCGACAAGCUCGGCAACCCGGACCUCGGCGCCGUCACGGUCGACUCGGAGACGGGCACGACCUCGUUCACCCUGAGCCUCACCGAGCAGGGCAAGGGCACCGUCAUCACCUCGACCCGGUCGCUCCUGUACGGCAACGUGACGGCGCAGAUCAAGUCGGUCGCAGGCGCCGGCAUCCUCACGUCGUUCGCGCUCGUGAGCGGCUCGGGCGACGAGAUCGACUUUGAGUGCGUCGCCUCGAUUUCGCCACGACCUCGCCCUCGUCCCGCCGGCGCAGAUUCAGCGGGUCAAGCGCUCAACGUCUCUGAUCGUGCCGCCGACUUCCACAACUACACGCUCGCGUGGACGCCCGAGUCCAUCACCUGGCUCGUCGACGGCGUCGCGCUCCGCAACGUCUCGAAAAACUCGACCGCCGACCUGCUCGACCCGACCUCGUUCUCGUAUCCGCAAACCCCGUCUCGCAUCCAGUUCUCGAUCUGGGCACCCGGUCGCGACGAGCAACCUGAAGGACUCGUUGACUUUGCUGGCGGCGCCGUGGACUGGAACGCGACCGACUACACCGAGAAGGGCUACUAU